AUGAAAGGUGGCAAAGGCCUCACUGAUCCCAUCAAGAGCGUCGAGGACAAAUGGGAGCUGCUACCAGCCUUCUUGAAAGUCAAAGGGCUCGUCAAGCAACACAUCGACUCUUUUAAUUACUUUGUGGACAAAGACCUCAAGGCGAUCAUCAAGGCCAACGAAAGGGUCACUUCCGAUGUCGAUCCGCGAUUUUUCUUGAAAUACACCGACAUUCACGUCGGGACACCGGAGAGGACAGACGCGGACACUUCAUCCAAAGCGAUUUACCCGCACGAAUGCCGGUUACGGGAUAUGACGUAUAGCGCACCCAUCUUUGUCAGCAUAGAGUACCUGCGUGGCAACAAGAUCAUCCGGAGAAAGGGCGUCAAUAUCGGUAAGCUGCCCAUCAUGCUUCGCAGCAACAAAUGUCACCUUUCGCAGGCUAGGGAAAAAGACCUUGCUCGCAUGAACGAGUGCCCAUUAGAUCCCGGCGGCUACUUUGUGGUCAAGGGUACCGAAAAGGUCAUCCUGGUCCAAGAGCAGCUUAGCAAGAACCGCAUCAUCGUCGAGGCCGAUCCAAAGAAAGGUAUAGUCACGGCCUCAGUGACCAGCUCCACGCACGAACGCAAAUCGAAGUCUCACGUGCAGUCAAAGAAUGGCAAAAUUUUCCUCAAGCACAACUCGAUCACUGACGAUGUGCCUAUCGUCAUUGCUUUCAAGGCGAUGGGUAUCACGUCCGACAAGGAGAUUUUGCAGCUUGCCGCUGGGCAUGACGAGACUUUUAAGGAAGCUUUUGCGAUCAAUUUGGAGGAAGCCUCUAGACUUGGCGUCUUUACGCGCAUGCAAGCUCUCAACUACAUCGGAAGCAGAGUCAAGAAGAGUCCAAGGAGGCAAGGCAUGUCCCAGAUGCAGAGACCGAUUCACGAGGAAGCCUUGGAAGCGCUUGCCAAUGUCGUCAUGACUCACGUGGCCGUCGAGAGGCUCAACUUCAGACCGAAGGCAAUCUAUGUCGCCACGAUGGUCCGACGCGUGCUUAUGGCCAUGCAAAACGAGAAGCUUGUCGAUGAUCGAGACUACGUCGGGAACAAGCGUCUCGAAUUGGCUGGACAAUUGCUCUCUUUGCUGUUCGAAGAUCUGUUCAAGAAAUUCAAUUCAGAUCUCAAGAUGAACAUCGAUAAAGUACUUCGCAAGCCCAACAGGACGACGGAAUUUGAUGCGUACAAUCAGCUCUCCUUUCACGGCGACUCCAUCAGCCAAGGCUUCAUUAGAGCCAUCUCCACUGGGACAUGGAGCUUGAAACGUUUCAAGAUGGAGCGAGCCGGCGUGACCCACGUGUUGAGCAGACUAUCUUUCAUCGCUGCGCUGGGUAUGAUGACGCGCAUCAGCUCUCAAUUCGAAAAGACGAGAAAGGUCUCUGGGCCACGUGCACUCCAGCCUAGUCAGUGGGGUAUGCUUUGCCCUUCAGAUACUCCGGAAGGCGAAUCUUGCGGUCUAGUCAAGAACUUGGCCCUAAUGACUCACAUCACCACCGACGUUGAAGAGGAGCCAAUUUUCAAAGUGGCAAUCAUGCUAGGCGUCGAAGACGUAAGCAUGAUCAGCGGUGCAGAGCUUUACCGAGACGACACGUACUUGGUGUUCGUCAAUGGUACUGUGCUUGGUGUCACCCGCUUCCCGGUGCGGUUUGUCACAGCCUUCCGGCGUCUUCGACGUGCAGGAAGAUUCUCAGAAUUCGUCAGCAUCUACACCAACAGUCACCAUCGCUCCGUCCACAUCGCCUCGGAUGGUGGUCGCAUUUGCAGACCAAUGAUCAUCGUCGAAAAUGGACAAUCAAGGGUCACUUCGCAGCACAUCAGGGAGCUCAAAGCGAAAACGCGAACCUUUGACGAUUGCCUUAGAGACGGAUUGAUCGAAUAUCUGGACGUCAACGAAGAGAAUGACUCGUAUAUUGCGCUGUACGAAAACGAGAUGACCAGCUCGACUACUCACCUGGAGAUCGAGCCAUUCACGUUGCUUGGCGCAGUAGCGGGUCUCAUUCCCUAUCCGCACCACAAUCAGUCACCUCGUAAUACGUAUCAAUGUGCCAUGGGUAAACAAGCGAUCGGUGCCAUAGCAUACAAUCAGCUCAACAGAAUCGACACGCUGCUCUACCUGAUGGUGUAUCCUCAAAAGCCUAUGGUCAAGACCAAGACCAUCGAGCUCAUCGGCUAUGACAAGCUGCCCGCAGGCCAGAAUGCGAUGGUGGCGGUGAUGUCCUACUCUGGCUACGAUAUCGAGGACGCAUUGGUCUUGAACAAAGCUUCUUUGGACCGGGGUUUCGGGAGAUGCCAGGUGCUCAGGAAGCAGACUGUCCAAUUGAGAAAGUAUCCAAACGGCACUUACGAUCGCAUCGCGGAUGCGCCCGUUGACGAUGCCGGUGAACGACUGAAGCGUUACACGACACUGGGCGUCGACGGCAUCAGCGGAGUUGGAGAAGCUGUCAACGAGCAAGAUAUCAUCGUCAACAAACAGACACCAGCAAAUGCCAACGACAACUCCGCAGCUGCGUACUCUAGCAAUUCAACCGAGUACCGCAAUGCACCGAUCACCUACAAGAAUCGGGUACCUUCCUACGUCGACCAGGUGUUGAUGACAGAUGCUGAUGCGGACUGCACUAUUGUCAAGGUCUUACUGCGUCAGACAAGGCGACCAGAGCUUGGUGACAAGUUUUCAUCACGUCACGGUCAGAAGGGAGUAUGUGGACUGAUCGUGGACCAGGCAGACAUGCCGUUCACAGACCAGGGCAUCAACCCGGACGUCAUCAUGAACCCACACGGUUUCCCGUCGCGUAUGACGGUUGGCAAGAUGAUCGAGCUGCUCGCCGGAAAGGCGGGCGUCGUUACCGGCUCUUUGCAGUACGGUACUGCUUUUGGCGGCAGCAAAGUGGAGGAUGUGUCUCGCUUGCUCAUCGAAAAUGGCUACAGCUAUGGCGGCAAAGACUUUCUGACAAGUGGCAUCUCAGGAGAGCCUCUCGAAGCGUACGUCUACUUCGGUCCAAUCUACUAUCAGAAGCUCAAACACAUGGUCAUGGACAAGAUGCACGCUCGUGCGCGCGGACCUCGAGCGAAUCUUACGCGCCAGCCGACCGAAGGUCGUUCCCGCGACGGAGGCCUUCGUCUGGGAGAGAUGGAGCGUGAUUGCUUGAUCGCUUAUGGUGCGACGCAAUUGCUGCUCGAGCGCCUGAUGAUAAGCUCGGACGCCUUUGUGGUCAACAUUUGCCAAAGAUGUGGCCUGAUCGGCUACAACGGCUACUGCAAGUACUGUCGCUCAUCGAAAGAGGUCGUGAACGUGACUGUGCCGUAUGCCACAAAACUUCUGAUCAAUGAGCUCAUGGCGAUGCAAAUUGUGCCACGUCUGGUGCUAGAGGACGCUCUAUGA